UCGGCGGCGGAGCCGCAGUCCUAGAGGGGCAGUGGUAGCGUAAGCGCCCGCGGGCGACGCAAGUUCCGCGCCGACCUCACCUCUCCUUCCCUCACGCUUCCUCCUCUCGCCUAGCCGUGUCCUGCCGGCGGCUCCUCCUGACGAAAGCUUUCGGAGUGCAGGCGCUGAGGGAAAGCUGUCGCCACCUCGCCUCGCGGCCAAGUGAGAGUGCCUGUCGCACCGCGUCGCCCCCCUGCGCCGCCUCCUUGCCCCCAGUCGCGGGCGCCCUUCUCGCUCGAAGCACACCCCCCAGCUCCAUGAAUGGAAAUCGGCUCCGCAGGACCCGUUGGGGCCCAGCCCCUACUCAUGGUGCCCAGAAGACCUGGCUAUGGCACCAUGGGCAAACCCAUUAAAUUGCUGGCUAACUGUUUUCAAGUUGAAAUCCCAAAGAUUGAUGUCUACCUCUAUGAGGUAGAUAUUAAACCAGACAAGUGUCCUAGGAGAGUAAACAGGGAGGUGGUUGACUCAAUGGUUCAGCAUUUUAAAGUAACUAUAUUUGGGGAUCGUAGACCAGUUUAUGAUGGAAAAAGAAGCCUUUACACAGCCAAUCCACUUCCUGUGGCAACUACUGGGGUAGAUUUAGAUGUAACUUUACCUGGGGAAGGUGGAAAAGAUCGACCUUUCAAGGUGUCAAUCAAGUUUGUCUCUCGGGUGAGUUGGCACCUACUACAUGAAGUACUGACAGGACGGACCUUGCCUGAGCCACUGGAAUUAGACAAGCCAAUCAGCACUAAUCCUGUCCAUGCUGUUGAUGUGGUGCUACGACAUCUGCCCUCCAUGAAAUAUACACCUGUGGGGCGAUCCUUUUUCUCAGCUCCAGAAGGUUAUGACCACCCUCUGGGAGGGGGCAGGGAAGUAUGGUUUGGAUUCCAUCAAUCUGUUCGGCCUGCCAUGUGGAAAAUGAUGCUUAAUAUUGAUGUUUCUGCCACUGCCUUCUACAAAGCACAACCUGUAAUUCAGUUCAUGUGUGAAGUUCUUGACAUUCAUAAUAUUGAUGAGCAACCAAGACCUCUGACUGAUUCUCAUCGGGUAAAAUUCACCAAAGAGAUAAAAGGUCUGAAGGUUGAAGUGACUCAUUGUGGAACAAUGAGACGGAAAUACCGGGUUUGUAAUGUAACAAGAAGGCCUGCCAAUCAUCAAACCUUCCCUUUACAGUUAGAAAAUGGCCAAACUGUGGAGAGAACAGUAGCACAGUAUUUCAGAGAAAAGUAUACUCUUCAGCUGAAGUACCCACACCUUCCCUGUCUGCAAGUGGGGCAGGAGCAGAAACACACAUAUCUACCACUAGAAGUUUGUAAUAUUGUGGCAGGGCAGCGAUGCAUCAAGAAGCUAACAGACAAUCAGACUUCCACUAUGAUCAAAGCAACAGCAAGAUCUGCACCAGAUAGACAAGACGAAAUUAGCAGAUUGGUAAGAAGUGCAAAUUAUGAAACGGAUCCAUUUGUUCAGGAGUUUCAAUUUAAAGUUCGAGAUGAAAUGGCCCAUGUGACCGGACGCGUACUUCCAGCUCCUAUGCUCCAGUACGGAGGACGGAAUCGGACAGUAGCAACACCAAGCCAUGGAGUAUGGGACAUGCGAGGGAAACAGUUCCACACAGGGGUUGAAAUCAAAAUGUGGGCUAUAGCUUGUUUUGCCACACAGAGGCAGUGCAGGGAAGAAAUAUUGAAGGGUUUCACAGACCAGCUGCGGAAGAUUUCCAAGGAUGCAGGGAUGCCCAUCCAGGGCCAGCCUUGCUUCUGCAAAUAUGCGCAGGGGGCAGACAGCGUGGAGCCCAUGUUCCGGCAUCUCAAGAACACCUACUCAGGGCUGCAGCUCAUUAUUGUCAUCCUGCCAGGGAAGACGCCAGUGUAUGCGGAGGUGAAACGUGUAGGAGAUACACUUUUGGGUAUGGCUACACAGUGUGUUCAAGUAAAGAAUGUAAUAAAAACAUCCCCUCAAACUCUGUCAAACCUGUGCCUAAAGAUAAAUGUUAAACUCGGAGGGAUCAAUAAUAUUCUUGUACCUCAUCAAAGACCUUCUGUGUUCCAGCAACCAGUGAUAUUUUUGGGAGCAGAUGUCACUCAUCCACCAGCUGGUGAUGGGAAGAAGCCUUCUAUUGCUGCUGUUGUAGGGAGUAUGGAUGCCCACCCAAGCAGAUACUGUGCUACAGUAAGAGUUCAGAGACCCCGACAGGAGAUCAUCCAGGACUUGGCCUCCAUGGUCCGAGAACUUCUCAUUCAAUUUUAUAAGUCAACUCGGUUCAAACCUACUCGAAUCAUCUUCUAUCGGGAUGGUGUUUCAGAGGGACAGUUUAGGCAGGUAUUAUAUUAUGAACUACUAGCAAUUCGAGAAGCCUGCAUCAGUUUGGAAAAAGACUAUCAACCCGGAAUAACCUACAUUGUAGUUCAGAAGAGACAUCACACUCGGUUAUUUUGUGCUGAUAGGACAGAAAGGGUUGGAAGAAGUGGCAAUAUCCCAGCUGGAACAACGGUUGACACAGACAUUACACACCCAUACGAGUUUGAUUUUUACCUCUGUAGCCACGCGGGAAUACAGGGUACCAGCCGUCCUUCACACUAUCAUGUUUUAUGGGAUGAUAACUGCUUUACUGCAGAUGAACUUCAGCUGCUAACUUACCAGCUCUGCCACACUUAUGUGCGCUGUACACGUUCUGUUUCUAUACCUGCACCAGCGUAUUAUGCUCACCUGGUGGCAUUCAGAGCCAGAUAUCAUCUCGUAGACAAGGAACAUGACAGUGCUGAAGGAAGUCACGUUUCAGGACAGAGCAAUGGACGCGAUCCACAAGCUCUUGCCAAGGCUGUACAGAUUCACCAAGAUACCUUACGCACAAUGUACUUUGCUUAAAAAAUCUGAGAGUAUUCUCUGAAAGGAAGAACUGAAAGAUGAAUUGACAUACAACGUAUGUUUCCAUGGAAUCUGUUGAGUGGGGAUGCCUCCAGCCAUACAGAAACCAACACUGUGGGGACCAGGGUCUGAUUUUUAUGUUGAUACAAGGAAGAUUGUUUACUUCAUCAAGGAACACAGCACCAUUAUGCAAUAUGAAACCAGCCAACUGCUUUUCUGUGCGGUCUCCUGUAGGAAGUAUCGCCAUUGUUUUGUUUUCACUUUCUAUAGUCUAACCCUUUUAAUGCCUUUACCUCAAGUUGCUUGGCAGCACAACUAUCUUUGCAAAAAAAGUAAAGAAAAGGUAAAUGAUAAUUUUAAAAAAACACACCUAUAUGAAUAAUCAGUGAUUGUUCAUAAUUAUGUGUGUGAAAAAAUUAAUGUGCAUUCGUGUAUUCUUGUAAAAAGUAUCUGUGUAUACUUUAAGUGUAUACAUGUAUACUUCAUAUACAUAUAUAUCUGGAUCUACCUUGAUAAUAGAUAUAUAUGUUCUUUGUAUAUAUUUUAUAAUUCAUUCCAUUGGGAAAUUUCUUUCCCUUUUAUUGUCCGCUCACCACCACUUUUAUUUCUCACUCUACCUCCCCUGCCUCAUCACCUACGUUUUUUUUUUUCCUUAAUGCUACCAGUGACAUUCAAAUGUCUGUGUAUCUGAUUCAUUUGAAUAUGAAGCAUCGCAAAGUAGACUUUUAUUUUGCACACCCACUCCUCUCUCGUCUCAUACACAAUAUUAAGUCCUCAACUCUUGAUAUUGCUUUCUUAAGAAGCAGUUAUUUUAUGUAUGUGUGUGUGUAUGUGUAUAUGUUUUUGUGAGAGUCUGCGUCUGCCACCUCCUGCUCUGAAUUUACAUUUGCCACUUGUGCAAGGUGUGCAUAAGCAGUAGCAACCUAUUCUUUUUUUUUUUAGUGAGUUUGUUAAAGCUGCUAUAAAUAUAAAAUCUUGUCAGAACUUAUAACUCUCUCUCUGUAAGUGAUAUGUAUUCUAAAGCCUUCUGUUUCUGUGGGUUAUACAUGGAAAUCCCUUAAAGGAUUUUUUUAAAGGGUAAAUAUUUUAAAUGAUUAGAACUCUGUAGGGUUGAGACCUCUGAAAUUGGAGUGAGAGAAAGAAGGAGUUGUUCAAGUUAAUUUUUUUUUUGCUAGUUUACUUGCUGCCUCUCAUACCUUAAUGUGAUUUUCAUAUAUAUAUAUUUUUAUAUAUAUGCGUGUGUAUAUAUAAAUAUAUAUGUAUGUAUUUUGAAGUAUAGCCUCCUUUUCUUUUAUAUUUAUUAGAGUAGUGCUUUAAUGAUUAUAGAACUGUAUUGGCAACAUGUUUUAUAGAAAUAUAAUCAUGUUUAUUUUAAGAACUGACCACCUGUUUUUGCUAUUUUUUCGUGCAAUAAGCCGUUAGAAAGGAAAGCUGUGUCUGUCUGACACUCCGCCCCAGACAGUGUUGGAGCAGGCACCUCCGCGGUUUUGAAAGAGCAGAGUGAUACAGCCUUAAUUUCAGAAGGAAAGUUUUUCUUUAUUUUCAAAUCUAAAGCAAGUCUGACCUUGAAUAUUAAAAAUAAAGUUGAACUUUGACUUAAAUGAUCAUGAAUAGAUUAAAAUUUAGAAGAUAUUUAAAUUCUUUGAAAAUGAAUCAUGUUUAUGGAAGAAUCAUACUGGUUAGGGGCCCAUUUUCAUUUAUUAAAAUGAGUCAGGAAAAUGUAAUAUUUUAAAAAAUAUUUUUGCCAAUUUACCACCAGUGUAACUUUCCUUUUAAAAUUAGGGUUAUGGUGACAAAGGAAGUUAGGACUUCAGUUAUUUUAAAUGAGUUAACUGAAAUGUGGGGGAAAGUAUUGCAAAAUUUGUUUGAUGGAUUUCGCUUUAAGAUAUUAAAAAGUACCAUAAAGCUGUCAAAACCAAGUUCACCAGUAACAUUGGAUUCAGGGGAACUUUGCACUUUGUAACUCACAAAAAUUGCAUUUUACUCUUCUUUUGCACUGGUUCAGAGUAUAACUAUUACAGAUUAUUUCCAGGGGGCAUUGUCGUUAACCUUUCCAAAUGUCAUCUGUUCAUGAAAACGAAUGGGUUAGCUCUGUAGUUUCUCUCACCUGUAACCCACUCUUACUGCCAGUUACUGUAUUUUGAGCCUAAAAUCUGAGCCCAUGUCCUCCAACAGUUAUGAAAUCUUUUGUCCCUCUCAGAAAACUAAGAAAGUACUGUAUUUUGUAUGUUUAUUAUAUUGAAGUGUCUGAAAUGCAAUUUACAACACUGUUUCAAAGCUCUUUACAUGAGGUAAUAUUUGUAUAGUACAGUAUAUACAUUUUUUCUCCCAACCCUACCCCCUUCUCCUCCAAAAAAUCCUGUAAAGCAUGUAUUUUUUUUUACAUUGAAAAUUCACUGAAUAUAGUAGUCAGCAACAUGAGCAAGGGAAGAAAAUUGUGUAUUCUAGGUGGUAAAAACUUGUUUGCUGUGUGCUUGCUCAGUGUGAGUAAAACAUCUCCCUUUAUCAGAGAGAGUUACGCAGAUUCAUGUGGGAAACUUGAGGGCCCAGUGAAGAACUGUAGAUACCCCUUCGCUAUAUACUGCUUUACCUUUUUUUUUUUUUUCCCAGUUAUUUCGUGUCACAUGCACUAGAGUGCAGCCCAUAAUUUAAAUGUAUUUGGAAGGACUUUUACAAAGGAAAACAAAUAUUUUUUAAAUAUAAAGCUUUACCUUUGAAGUGAGUUCUUUUUUAGGGUUUCUUACAGUUUCAAACAUUAUUAGUUUAGUUUAAAGUUGGUUAACUUGAAAGAGUAUGUAGAGUAUAUUUCUAUUUUGCUUACUAACAAAUUAGUGUGUCACACUUACAUAGAAGAAACAUUGUACUUAGAAUUUUAAGAUAAAAGAGUAAGAGGCAAGUACUUUUUGAAUUUUGUUUUAAUUAUUAUUGCACUUCUGGUGUAGAAUUACUGAUCAUUUUUAUUUUUUAAAAAGAUUGUUCUGAAUGUAAUGGCCAUGAAACUCAAUAGCGACCUUUCUGUUCACUCACUAACUAACUAUAUAAUCAAUGCUGUUUUGGUCUGCUGUUGUCUGUGAUGUACAGUAUCAGAGUGACUUUAAAAUGUCAGUUCUAGCAACUGGUAUAAUUGAUGUUCAUGCAAAGAAGAGUUGGGAGUUUAAUGUAUAUCCUGGAUAGCAAAUGAGUCUGUGUAAAGUGCUGAUACAUGUUAUUAUAUUAUAGUCUCAAGUUACUGGCAUUGAGGACCAUACAUUUAUAAUACUGUAGCUGCUAUAUUUAUUUAAGUAGAGUCUGACAGUUAACUACACCAAACAGUAAGGAGAUGAGCAGAAUUCAAGGCUAGUGUUAGAACCUCCUCUUUUUUUCCCUCAGUAAUAAUUAAGAACAUGAACUACCAAGGUAACAAAGGGUGCUGCCAUUUUAGUUUCAAUUUAAUACCAGGAUAGUGUUUAUUUGUUUUAAAAAUACGGAGUUUUACUUUUAGCAGUUUUGAAAAAAGGUACCUCAGCCUCCUCAGUACUGGUUUUGGCAUAUUUUCAUAGAAGUAAAAAUGUCCUUUAUUUCUUCUUAUUUUACCUUUUGCCCUGGCCAGGUAGCUCAGUUGGUUGGAGUGUUGUCCUGAUAUACCCGGGUUACAAGUUUGAUCCUCAGUGGGGCAUGCUCAGGAAAUCCACCAGUGAGUGCAUGAAUGAGUGGAACGGCCAGUUGGUGUUUCUCUCUCUCAUCCUCCCUUCCUCCCUCCCUCCCUCUCUCUCUCUCUCUCUCUCUCUCUCUCUCUCUCUCACUCGAAAAAUCAAUAAAUAAAACUAAAAAAAUAUAUAUAUAUAUUUUACCUUUAACAAGUUUCUCAGAAAAAAAUAUUCUUCUAUGGAAAUCUUCCUGUUUGUAACCUGUUCAUUUAUUUCUCUUCCUAGAAGAGAAUCUGGAAGGAAUUCUAGUAGGAACGUACUGGGUGUUCUGGAAGCACAUGGUAAAGAUAAAUCUCUACCUUCUAGCAUAGGGACUCCCAGCCUUCUGAAGUUCUCUACUAGUAUUCCCAACAAGGUUCUCUGAUGGCCCACUACUGCCUAAUGUUUACUUAUAUAUUUGUACUAAAAUGGAUUUUAGUAUGAUAGAACUCAUGACAGACUCGGUCAUGACAGACUUCCGGUGUAUCUAGGGAAAUAAAAGCUGAAUUGCCGUUCAGUAGAAAUGGCUGGCAGAGCUUCUCAGUGUUUAAGAAAAGGUGAACACUCAGAGUGCCAGGAAUAUAUCUGAAGUAAUUAAAUGGAUUAUAGGCCAGGAAAUAGAGACCCUUGUUCAAGGACUUUGGUGGGUGUUUUCAGAGGCUAACCUGAAUUUACCAGGAGUGGUGAUUUUAUGAAGUGGAUGAAGCCAGCCACUUGGUUUUAGCUCGAGUAUUUUGUAGUCUUGCUAUUUCAAAUUUGAUAGUAAUGUUUUGCCAACAGGCUUAACUGACAGUUCUGCAUAACUUUUAUUCAGUAUCAUAAAACCUGAUUUUAAGAUUUGCUUAACUCAUCAUUUUAGAUGUUCUCCUAUUGAAUACUUUUUUUUUAAAGAUAGGUUGCCCCCAACGGUAACCUGCUACUUAAAUUACCUUUUAUAUCCUUCUUUAAUUUUCUCUGUUCCUCCUUCAAUCUGUUUCUUUUGUUUGUUUGUUUGUUUUUUGUUUUAUAAAAAGCUUUUGCCUUUUUUAAAAAAAAAU